AUGCAGCCAGCGGGUUGGGCCAUGGCCGCGGCAUGGCUUGUGCUCUGGAUCUUGGCGGAGGGUUCCGACCAGAGCGAGUUCUGCGGAUCUUGGGCAGCUGCCGGGGAGUGUACCCGAAAUGCCGCCUACAUGCUGAAGGCCUGUCCAGAGAGCUGCGGAGCGCAGAACGGGUGCAAAGAGUGGGCGGCUGCUGGGGAGUGCGAGAAGAACCCAAACUUCAUGCUGAAGGUGUGCGCGGCGGCUUGUGACUCGCCGAAGGCCGCGCAGGCCGAGCCCUCGACCGCGACGUCCGAGGGCGGCUUGUCCGACCCCACGGAGCGCGCAGAAAAGGCGGAGGCGCUCUUGCAACAGGCGAGGAAGGACCUCGAGGAGAUGCGGCGGUACCUCUCUGAGGCCAACAAGCUGGCGCUGGAGGAGCUGGAGAGACAGAACCAGCAGAAGCUCCGGCAGAUCGAGCUGGCCCGCGCCGUGGCGGAAGAGAAGGAGCGCCAGUUGCGGCAGGCCUUGGAAUCCACGAAGUCCCGUGCUGCGCUGCUGGAGGAGCAGCUUGCCGCAGUCCGGGCGGCAGCUCCGGGCUCGGCCCGGCCGGCGCCGCAGGCGCCGCACCCGACGCCCCGGCCGCGGCGGCGGCCGGUGGAGCCCAUCUAUCCGCUGGUGGUGCCGGAAGAGGCGGAGAAGGCGUGCGAGGGCGCGCUGCUGGAGCUUUGUGGCCGGCACUUGGACGGCCAAAACCCGCAGCUGAAGGAGCUGCUGGUGGCCUGCCGCCAUGGCAUCGAGAACGAGAAGCAGCUUGAGCAGCUUUUGCCGGAAGUCAAGAUCACGCGGGCACGAGACGCGCGAGCCGCCAGAGACGCGGGAGACCUUGACGCGGGCACGUGUGCGAACAACCGCAAUGCGUCGGAGCUCAACAGUACUGAGGACGUGCCGGCAUUCUUCUCCGGGAUCCGCUGUGAGGGCGUUUGCUCCUCAGGGCUCGCGCUCGCGGCGGUGAAGGCAGCGCUGCAGCAGUCUUUGCAGCUGCUGCUGGACGGGGCUUUGCUGCUGCUGAACCAUGGGCUCGGAGCAGAUCCGGACAAAGGCCGCGCGGCAGCGGCCAAGGCCGCGGGCAUCGGCCGCGCGCUGCGCGCACAGCUGGCGGCCAGAGCUGUGCAGCGCUGGGAUGAGCUGGCGCAAGGGGAAGUGAAGAAAGUGCUGACGAGGAGCGGCGCGGCCUUGCAGCGCUGGGGCGCAGCUUGGGCGCUGCGUCUCAGCUCUGCCUGGGCGACGCUCUUGGGAAAUCUGCCGCCGGAGAGGCGGACCUGGCUGCCCCAGGAUCCCCGGAAAGCAGAAUGCGCCUAG